GGUGUCUGUUCGUAUUUUUCUAAACAAUACUAUAAGUAAUAACCAAAACUGAUGGUAUUCUUUAUUUUAUUGUAAUAAAUAUGUACACAAUUUUAUAAGAUAUGAAUAUACCUCAGUAAUCAUAUAUGUUUCAUAAAUUACUUAGGUUUGAAUUGAAAUAAAUUUGAAGACUGAGGCUUGAAACUAUUCAAGAGAUGUCUUCACCAAAAAAUACGGAAAUUGUUAGUGAUAAAGAUGAUGGGGAAGCAAUGGCUUCUAUACAAUUAAUAGUAAAAGAUACAAUUAAGUCGAUUGAUUUAGAAGAAAAUGCAAACACGAAUGUUGUAAACGACGAAGGGCUUUCCAGAGGAUCUGUAGAGGACGAUGAAAACAGUUCUUCGAUUGAUAAAAACGUCGAAGAAAUGUUGCUUGCUGAUGCUAACCAGAAUCCAGACAGUGACAAUGUCGAUGAUGAAAUGGAGCUAAGGUGGGAUGACGAUGACCUGGACGAUGUAGAUGAAAUAAAGAAUGAGGAGACUUUGCUUGAAGAAAAUUCGUUAGAUUGCCCUAAACCUUAUACUUUAUCUUUGCAAGAGGAAGUCAUUAAAACCAUUGAAGCAGAAGAGAAGCUUCUGAAUUUAGAAAACGAUAAUGAAUCAAAAGAAUCACCCCCAGAUUCUAUAACAGAGAGCUUAUUUGCACCCAAAAUAGAUCACAAUUUAAACAAACCUGAUAUGAUGUUAGAAAUUCCGAGUCAUGAAUUGAUUGAAUUUAGUGACGAUGAUGAGGAUUUGACUAAUAAUCUUGAAAUGUCUCCUGACUUAGAAAGUGAUGAAGAAAUGUCUAAUUCAACUGAGGUACCAGUGCAGUCAACACAAGUUGAUAUCCAUGCGGGUGGUGAGGUACAAAAAGAAGCAGAAGAAAAUCCAUUAAUUGAUAAAGAAUUAAAAGAAACAAUGGAUUAUAAGGCAUUGGAAAAUGAAGCUAAAUUUGCAGCAGACAUUCUCACUAAAGAGCUUAAUGCUAUGGAUUCAGAAUCAAAUAUUAUCACAGACACUAAUACAGAUAUGACUGAAGAUUUUCUCUUAAAAGAAGACACAAUGGAAGACGAUUGUCUUUUAAAAGAUGACAUAAUACAAGAAGAUUGUCUUUUAGAAGAAUCUACAGUCCAAGAAGAAAUCAUUGAUGAUGGUAACAGUGUAAACAGUGAAUCAGAUCUAAAUAAAGAUAAAGACCAAACAAAAGCACCACUUGAGAUCCAAGGUAAUUCAGAUGCUAAGAAUACAGCCAAUGAAACAGAACUACAAAACGAAGAUACACAAAGCACGGAAGAAGAUAUAACUGAUUUGUGUGAGGAUAUAUUGCUAGCACCUAGUGAUGAUUCUUUAGAUGCUAUGGAUUGUGUUCCUGAUUCAGAAAUUAAAACAUCUUUUAAAUCUGAAGCUAUUGAUUCAACUAUUAAUACAAAAGACACCAAUAUUCUAGAAACAGAUUUAGACACAAAUGUAAUUAAAGAUAAAACAACAAGCACAAAUGAAAAAAAAUCUAUAACAGAAACAGAUAUUGUGUCUGAAACUGUAGAACCUGAAACUGAUCAAAUAACAUCACUGUCUAAUUCAACUAAUGGAAAUAAAAAACCAGACACAGGCUUGACUGAUACUGUCCCAUCAAUUGAAGAUUCAAAAGAGGAAGAAAAAAGCAUAUUAGAUGAGAAAACUGAUUUGGAGGAAAAAAAUAAAAUUGAGGACGAAAAUACUGAGGUAGUAACACACACAGAAGAUAUAAAACAAAUUACUAAAGAUGAAGUACCCAAUCUUUUACAAUCAACAAUAUCAACAAAUGAAGGUCCAUUUACAUCGGAACCUAAUCUAGAUUUACAAGGAGAUAAACCUGAACUACUUAAGUCAAAAACUUCUGAGAAAAUCAUUGAAGAUGCACAAAUUGAAGUAAUCCCAGCACACACAAUGGAUGUUAAUGAACCGCAACCAUCAACAUCUUUCGCUUGCUCUGAAACAUCAAAAGGUACAACCGAACAAUCAUCAAUGUUUGGCUCAUCAAUGGUACAAGAUACAUCCAAAGAUGUACCAGAAAUGACGGACAGUCUCGGACUUUUGGCUGAGUCAUGUAGAAUGAUGGAGGAAGAUGAAGAGCAGGAAUAUGAUGAUGAUGGUGAUGGGGAAGAUGAAGAUGAUUUUGACCAAGAUGAUGAAAGCAGCAAUCAAAUGACCGCAGAGCAUUCAGAAGAUUCAAACGCUCAGCAUUCGGAGUCUGAAGUGCAAAAAGACUUGCAAACUGAGUUCACAACGGCUGACAUGAUUUCGGAAGUUGAGAAAACUGAUAAUAUGGCAAUUGAUGAUGUAAGAUUGUUUUACCUAAAUAUGGUCUCGAAGAGAUCGCUGUUUUAG